AUGGAAGAGUUAGGUUUGCCUGAACGGUUGUUUGAGACAGGGUUUGAACCCUCUGGCCGGAAGAGAAUUAACAACUACUUCAAUUUAAGGUGGAUAGAAGUUGUUAAAGCGGCACUUUCGGAUUCUCAACAAGAGCUGUUGGCGGAGUCUCAGUUUAGACUGCUAAUGCUUAUGGGUUCUCAUACUUUUUCAGUAAUGUUUGCACAUCAGCUGUUGUCGCGUCAGUUGGUGACGAAGAAGUUGUAUGAGCUAUGGUGGUUGUUUGCGGGGAAGCCCAUUUGUUAUGGUAUUGGGGAGUUCGCCUUAGUUACAGGUCUCAAUUGUGGGACACCGCCAACGCCAACCGUGGGGGCCCAACGGAUGGGAAAAGGAAAAAAAAAGGCCAAAUCAAAACUGAAACAGUUAGGCGGUGAUGGAGUCGUUUGGCAAUCAUUAUUUGGUGACGUGGAGACGAUAACCCCAGAGUGGAUCAUAUGCAGGUUGGCUCAGAAAGACAAAUACAAAGAUGAGGACACCAGAUUGCGUUUGUCUCUUCUUUUGCUUGUAGAAGGUAUAUUAUGCCCAACAAGUGGUUCAACACAGAUUAGACCAGAGAUUGUUGAAAUGGUCGGGGAUAUUGGCCAGUUUAUGGAUUAUCCUUGGGGAAGGGAGUCAUUUCUGUUAACUGUUUCAAGCGGAAAGAUUAGGUUGCCAGAACAAUUAGCCCAAGAUACACUGGCUAUACAAGGUUUUGCGCAUGCUAUGGUUCUGGUUACAGUGUGCAGCUGUCCACAAAUUAUUGUGGAACCACGUUUAGGGGAAGAUUUGGUGAACGACGAGCUUCCAAUAGAAGACAUUGUUGAUGCCGUCUGUUCUAGGACGGUUAAAAUUAAUGUAGUCACUGUUCAAAACCUAGAACUUAUUGGCCAGGCUUCAGUUCGUUCCAUCCUAUGUGAAGCCUCUGACACACCUUCUUUUCCAGAUGAGGUGGAAGAUCUCCGAGUUGCUCACAUGGUUUCUUUGAUUCGCGAAGGCUUUCCUUUUGAAAUCAAUACAUGGCAUGGUGGUGUAAAGGCACAGGUUGCAAAGCAAUGGAAGGGUGGUCAUGGUCCACAGGGAUUAGGCGCUGGUAGUGGAGAUCAUGGUCAAACCUCCAAUACAGAUGGCCAUUCACGCGUCGGUGAUCAUGGUGUGACAUUGGAUGUUCAAAAUCUUGUGCGUUGUUUAGCAGACGAACUAUAUGCACGUGCAGGGCCAUUGUUAGGCACUCUGAAAACCCACAUAACCGGGGAAAUGCUUUCCUUAAAGGAGGAAGUUUUAGCCGCACCACGAAUGUCUUCUCAAGGUUCAAUGCCAGAUCAAGCAGGAGCUGUUUCCAAUCGUAUUCCUCGAGAUAAUCAACAUGGAGUCCUAACUCCCGUCACCUUGCAUGUGACUUCUCCUGGUGGCCAUGUUGUAGAAAAGGAUGGAGGCAAGCCUGGCCCAAAGGAUGACGAUACAACUCACUCCCCUGGUGGUGAUGGAAACGUUGAGCAGUUCACAUCUUUUCAAGAUUUGCUUACUGAUGUGGUCCAGGCGACGGGACCAGAUGGUGUUUAUGGUGGGGAAUUAUAUGAUGAUUCCUGUGACAAUGUAGAUAAAGGCCCCGCUCACGAUGACGAAACUACUAAGCCGCCCUCUAGUCAGCCUUCUUCUCCACCAGAGUUCCCUGAAUCUAUACAGAUGGAUGCUGAGCAUGAUGAUUCUGGUGACAAUCUAAAUAAAAGCCAUCCGGACGAUGAUGAACCUACUAAGCUGGCCUCUACUCAGCUUUCUUCUCCAUUUGCGUCCCCUGCACCUAUACAGAUGGAUGUUGAGGCUGUGCCACAGAGUUCUUCUAAUAUAGUUGCUACAUCGCCUGUUGAUGUAACAUUGCCAACCGAUCCAACGUUGCCAACCGACCCGGUUGGAGCACCUAUUCUAUCCUGCCCAAAAGAUCAAGGGGAAAGAAAAUCAAACCCGUCAUCCUCUGAAUUUGGGGAGAAGAGGGCUAGCAAAAGGCUUCGUUUUCAAUCGGUGAGGUUGUCAUCUCCAGCACCAUUGGUUCAGCCGGGAAAGGGUCGAGGAAGAGGAACAAAGAAAAAUGCCACGCGUAAACCGAAGUUGAAAAGUGGAUCUCCGCCUGUUCCAGAUGCGUGUCCCUCUUCAAAUUGCUCACCGACCAAACCCACAUCGACAUUUGAGACACCUACAAUCGUUGGCCCUUUGGUUGGGGGAUUUUCUCCGUUAGAUCGUCUGAAUGCAUUCCGUCUGGCUGGGUUUAACACUGUUAUGCAUACGCACAGGGAAUACAAUCUUGGAGAAGGUGUUAUUGUUGACAAUUCUGUUUUCAAGUCCUUAUUUGAAUCUUCUCAGCCGCAACCAAUUAAGGCCGCUGACCUGGUUGUUACAUUUAUUCGAAUGAGGCUGCGUAAAGAGGGUAUAAAAUCUUAUGAUUUCUUGCCAGGCAGUUUCGUGCAUGCGCUUCGUGGGGAGUACCAGCAAUUCAUUCAUGUUCAAGACAUUGCCAAAUUCAGUUUCUCAAGUAUUUUUGGGGAUCCAUGCUUUCCAAAUAUGAGCUGGGGGAACGAUGUUAAAGCACUAUACUGCCCAUUUCAAGUUGACGGAAGGCAUUGGAUUGGUCUUGUCAUUGAUAUAUCGAAGUGGUGCAUACAGGUUUUAGACUGCAAUCCUGUGUGUGUGCAGGAUUCACAAUUGGAAGCACUGCUUACCCCUUUUAUAAUCUUGAUGCCAUUGCUUAUACGUCACAAUGGGGGAAACACAGUUAACGAGGCAGCUGUUGCAUCACCUCUUCCCAUAACCCGGCUUGAUCUACCCUUAUGUUGUGAACCAACUGGAUUAUCGUGUGUUGCAACCCAUAUUCUCUUGGAACUGCAUGCAACAAAUAAUCUUGCCCAGGUCGCCAAUCUCACCGUAGAGAAUCUUGCAAUUGCAGCACAGACAUACGCAGUUGAAGCUUUUGCUGCUUUCAAUCCGGAUCACCUCAAUAACUUUUCCAUUGGCUCCUAA